CGCGCUGCGGGGGCGGGGCCGGGCUCCACGGGCCGCUUAACCGCGCUACCAAAUUGAAAGCGGCGUCGUGCCCCGUUGCUUAGGAGUCCUGAGUUUGACCCCAGCGGAGGAGCCCCCGAGGGGAACGAAGAAGAGAGAGAGGAGGAGGAGGAGGGGGGCGAGAAGAGGUGAACGAAAGGAAGAGAAACAAGAGGCGGAGAAGGAGGCGUGACGAGACGAGGAGAACGAGGAGAAGGAGGACCAGUGGUGGUGGGGGAGAGGAUUCGAGGAGGGAGACGAGGAGAAGAGGGCAGGAGAGGGAAGGACGACGACGAGGAGGAGGAAGAGGCGAGGGCGCGAUGGGGGACGAGGUGCUGGCCAAGUCGGGCCUCCACUUCGACGAGCUGAGCAAGCUGCGGCUGCUGGAGCCCGAGGCGGCGCAACAGACGGGCGAGCUUCGCGAGGAGUGCAAGGAGUUCGUGCAGAAGAUUGCGGAGUUUCAGGGAGUGGUGGGUGGCCUCAUUGACAUGGUGGAUCAGCUGGCCAAGGAGGUUGAGAAAGAGAUCAUGAAGGCGAUUGGUGCACGGAACCAGCUCCAGUCGGUGGCCAAGCAGCGGGAAGCGCAGCAACAGCAGCUGCAGGCGCUCAUCGCUGAGAAGCGCGUCCAGCUGGAGAGAUACCGCAUCCAGUACGAAGCUCUUCUUAAGGUGGAGGCCGAACAGAAUGAGUUCAUUGAGCAGUUUGUACUGCAGAAGUGAUUUUCUUACCAGAUGUGAAGGCAGGCUGCCAGCCAACAACACGUGUCUCUCGCCUUCAGCCACCUGUGGUGCCCUCCGCAACGUCAUCGACUGAUAUCUUAUGAAUGCAAUGGAGAGGGGCCACUCAGCCUCUCUCUCCCCCCACUUCAUGUGAACACAGACUUCGAUGGCAAAUUUCUAUGAAUAUCCCUUCCUGAAGCAGAUCACACACCGAUUUUAUAUAUUGUACCUUUAUUAAUGCUUGUUGGGGAGAAAAAAACCCUUUAUUAUGAAUAUGGGUCACAAAAGCCUAUGUGUCAAAAGCAUCUGAAACAGCAUGCUUGUUCUUAAUUUCACCAUUUUAUUAAUCACUUUAUAAUUGAUUAUGAAAUAUUUUAGAAUGACUUCAUUGUCCACAUCUUUCAUGACACCCGCGCACAGUGGUGCCCUCUUGUGGACAGCCUCUUUAAGCAGACAGGAUGCAGUGUGUUUGAUGGUGUCCAUGCAGCACAUUAUAUCAGCAUCUGAGCUUGAUUGGAACAUUCAAUAAUUAAUAUACAUUAGAACUCGAGUUACCUACAUUCCAGUUAUAAAAAAAAUAUUUAAUGUACUGUAUUUUUAUUAUUGUAUUUAUGCAUAAAUGAAAGCUAUCCUAUUAUCCUGUUAAAUGACAUUUCAGUGAUUAAAACCUGCAACUUAUUUGUGUAUGUUGCUGCAGAAACGUAUCUGGUUUAAAGUUAUCUUGAGAUGUGACCACCCACUGCUUGCUUUGCAUUGGACCAAUCAAAACCUGUUUAUAUUUCUCCUUUCCUUUUUAAUUUAAAACAAUUUCUUGAAAGACACACAUGUAUUUUAGCAGUUAAAUGGCGAUGACUUCAUAAAAGAUCGUGACUUGCUAAAAAUAAUGUACAUUUCUAAAGGUUAAUUUAUGGCCUGGAAUAGUUAUUUUUCAAACAAGUCAUGAUACAGCUAGCUCACGAAUAUAAAUAUAUACUCUCCAAACAGGAAGAGAUACAUUAAUGCGUGACUUGUUUGAUCGAUUUACGAUUUGAAAGUCUCAAUGUUUUAGAAUGUGCACGAGCAAAAUCCUUUUUGUUAUUCAACAGUCUGAAUGCGAUGUGUUAAAACAAGUGGCUAUAAACGGAGUGAUUCUGCGGCCCAUGAAACAGCGUCUCUUCCUUCGCUAAGGUGCGGUCCAUCUUUCCGCACGGGCAAGUCUUUUCGGUGUUCUAUUUAAACGUACGUUUCAUACACGUAAACACCUUCAAUGUUAAUGGACCAACUGCAGACAGCCGUGUAACAAAAAGGUCCAACUAGAAAGAGAGGGACUAAUGCAUAGACACGGUGGUAACGGUGUUGCAUUCAUCCUAACGCUUGAAUGUCAAGGCCACCCUGGCUUGCUGUGGUACAAGUGAAGUAAAAUGACAGUAUUUCUCAUCGAUAUUCACAUAUCGGAAAGAGCUGUUAUGCUAUAUUAUAUUAUACGCCUGGACUGUCAGUGUUUGGCUUAGAAAUACAUUUUUUGUCAACAAUGUACGGUAUAAUUCACAGAAUAUUUCCUUGCCAAUUCCAGACAUUGUGUUGUUCAGCUGGAACGGGGUGUGAAUGGUUGGUAAUGGGUGGAUUGAACAAAUGAAAACAUUUCGGUUGAAGUGGAACUCUUAAAAAGCUCUGAGAAUCCAGGUAACUGUAAUUUAGCUUUAUUGCCUUUGAUAUUGCUUACAUAUUUUUGUGACUUGUUUACAAUAUUACAAUCUACAAGCAUGUUUUUUUGUGCGUAAAAAAAUAAACUAUUUUAAUCACAUUUCA